AGCCGGGCAGCCGGCCAGUGUGCAGGCGAGCCAGCGGCCGCUGCAGCUGCCACCGCCGCAGCACAAGGGCAGCCGCGCCGCGGGGCUCGGGCCCGGCGCUCCGCGCCCUCGCUUCUGGCUGCCCCGCUGCCGCGCAGGGAUUCCUGGUCACCUCCCUUGUCCUGUUCCUCCCGGAUGGAACAAGAAGACAAACAGGGUGUGUGUGUAGCCCUGGACUCAGAAGACACAAGGAUGGGCUCCGAUUUUGAGAACUCUGAGGACAGGGAAGGGGACCCAGAAGAGAGAGAAAUGGGUUCUCGUGCACAGGAUGUGGACAAGAGAGGCGGCCACCCGGAGCAGAAAAUGGGCCCCAACCCACAGGACGAAGCUCCAGGAGAGGACUCCAAGGAGCGGGAACUAGCGCCUGACAUCUGCACAGAGAGGAUGCUGAGUGAGGAAGAAGGGGUUGAUUUCCGCGAGGAAAAGAAUGACCAGGCUGGUGUAGAUGAGGUGGCCGUGUUCCCCAGACUGUCUGUGUCCGAGAGCAUGUCCCAGAGUCCCCUGGAAGAGGUGGAGGAGAGCGCCUUCGAGAACCGGCUGGAGGAGGAGGAGGAGCAGCCACCCCGGCCGGUGCUUCCCUGGAGGCGGCACCUCUCCCUGGGCAGUCGGCACCGAGGUGACAAGCCGGCCCACCGCCGCUUCCGACGUCUCCACCACCCUAUGGCAGUGGACCUCGGGGAGCUGGACAGCCUGAUGGCCAGCAUCAUGGAUUCGCCCACCAUCUGCCCCGACUGUGGAGAGAGCUUCAGCCCGGGUGCCGCCUUCCUGCAGCACCAGCGCAUCCACCGCCUUGCAGAGGCAGCUGCGGCAGCCAGCCUGGAACCCUUCGGCCUGGGGGGCGAGUGCAGCGCAGUGGUGGGCGUGGCCGGGAGCUUCGGGGCGGGGCCUGCGCUGGCCCGGCCCCCGCGCGAGAAGCCGUUCCGCUGCGGAGAGUGCGGGAAGGGCUUCAGCCGCAACACCUACUUGACCAACCACUUGCGCCUGCACACCGGGGAGCGGCCCAACCUGUGUGCCGACUGUGGCAAGAGCUUCAGCUGGCGUGCGGACCUGCUCAAGCACCGGCGGCUGCACACGGGCGAGAAGCCCUAUCCGUGCCCCGAGUGCGGCGAGGCCUUCAGCCUCAGCUCGCACCUGCUGAGCCACCGGCGCGCACACGCGGCGGCGAGCGGUGCGGGACCCGCUGCGCUGCGGCCAUUCGCCUGUGGCGAGUGCGGCAAGGGCUUCGUGCGCCGCUCGCACCUGGCUAACCACCAGCGCAUCCACACCGGUGAGAAGCCGCACGGCUGCGGCGAGUGUGGCAAGCGCUUUAGCUGGCGCUCGGACCUGGUGAAGCACCAGCGCGUGCACACGGGCGAGAAGCCCUACAUGUGUUCCGAGUGCGGCGAGACCUUUAGCGUCAGCUCGCACCUCUUCACGCACAAGCGCACGCACUCAGGCGAGCGGCCCUACGUGUGCCGCGAGUGUGGCAAGGGCUUCGGCCGCAACUCGCACCUGGUCAACCACCUGCGGGUGCACACUGGCGAGAAGCCCUUUCGCUGCGGUCAGUGCGAGAAGCGCUUCAGUGACUUCUCCACGCUGACGCAGCACCAGCGCACGCACACGGGCGAGAAACCGUACACGUGCAUUGAGUGCGGCAAGAGCUUCAUCCAGAGCUCGCACCUGAUCCGCCACCGCCGCAUCCACACUGGCAACAAGCCGCACAAGUGCGCGGGAUGUGGCAAGGGCUUCCGCUACAAAACGCACCUCGCACAGCACCAGAAGCUUCACCUGUGCUAGGGCUGGGCCUGAGGGAGGCUGACCUCCUGGGAGCAUUUGGGGCCCAGAUGUCCUGGGGACAGACCCUAUAGAAAGAAAUGGGAAGGGGCGGGAUGGACAAUCCGAGAGUGACUGGGGACCUUUUGGUGUUAGGGGGUCCUGAAAGGGAGGGUAGAUUAAGAUGUGUUCUUUGGGGUGUUAUAUUUUUGCCUGCUUCCUCCCCAACGAAGAAGUGUUUGGGAGAUGUGUUUGAGCAUGCUGACCUCUCAAACACUGUGUAGGAGCAGAGUGGGCACUUUGAGUACAUUGAACAGGGGAGUUAGGUGGUAGGGGAGGGAACAGGAUGGCAGGAGUAGAGUGGGUUGGGCUGUGAUGGCCUGCGGGAAUCAGGAAAGGGCAUGGUUGGAGUGAGGGUUACAGGGUAAAAUAAAAAGCCAGUGUGGAUAAUUCUACCCUGAUCCCGCCAGGUGCUCAGCCACCGUUUGCCCUGUCCUCCCCGCUCACCCGCCCCCCCCCCCAACAUCAGCUGUAGUCCUACGAAAAGGAGAGGAACCUAGCCAGUCCUGUAAGGUAUGCUCUUCCUUUCUCUGAGCCACAGUUAGCUGCUAUUUUGAGGUGUCCAGGGGAUACUGGGCAGAAAAGCUACACACCCUCAUUUCAAAGGUAAAACUCAGAGAUUCAUUCAUAACUGGUUGUCAGAUCUAGGAUCCCCUGGUCCCGCCCCUGGUUCGUUGCUACUUCCUUUGGAAUGUUCUAGCUUCAUGCUGGGGCAAGGUGGUCAGUGUGGGUGACCAGACCCUGGACCCCAGUGUCAGUUGUCUGCCCGGCUCCAUGUUUCCUACAGGUCUCACUUGUGAUCUUCUAUGUGCAGGGAAAUGGAACAAUCCCAGCUCUGUGUGACUUUCCCUUUCCCAGGUCAGCUGGACGCUCAUUGCAAGUGAACCUUUGACCGUCAACAGCCGACCCAGUGACCUGCUACAAAGGUCAGCCAGCUCAAGAGUUUUGCUGGCCUUAUGUGAGAAACACAGGAAAGCGAAAUUCACAUGCUGGGGUACAAGUCUCCUUUGUCUCAUUUGCCUUCGUGUUGUAUCUUGCACCCCUCCUCCUCCAUAGUGAUGGGGGAAAUCAUGGAAGCCCCACCUCCACCCCUAUUAAUUUGGGCUCUGGUCUGAGUAGAAACUUGUUUUUCCUAUACAGGGAGGCACAGUAGAAAGCUCCAGGCUUUAUACAAGAAGGGCACAAGCAGGGAGAGGUGUAAAUGCAAAAUUGCCAAAUAGCACAAGCAAUGAAUGUUUUCUGGUUCUGGAAAUGCCAAACUAGCACUUUUAUAUUUGUAAAGUGCUUUAUGCUUUUUAACAACUGUUAGUUGUUUCUCACAUCUUCGUGAGGUAGAUCAGUAUUAUGACCCUUGUUUUAGGGAAGGCCUGAGGACAGGAGUGCUGAAUGCUGUUCUGAGGAGAGGCUGCAGCGGCGUGGGUAGGUGUGGUCUGACCCUUUGUGCUCUCCAGCUCAGCUGCUAGGAUGACUUACCUGUUAUGAUCUAUAUAAUAAACCAAGGACACUGAAAAUUCAUAUGCUCGAUGGAAAUUUUAAGGCUAGUCUAGAAGGGCCAAAGAUGUCCUUGUUGACAGAGCUGGUCUUUGUCACAUAAUUAGGGUGUCCUAGGUAUGUUACAUUUCUAUUAGGAGGCUGUAGUUAGAUGACUCUUGUAUAGAUUUCAGUUACCUGUGCUGAAAUCCCUUGCCUAGGCUAGCCUUUAGACGUUAGAGUUGUGGAAAGCAGCCUUGUUUCAUUCACUGGGGAUUGUUACUCUGUGCUUUUCACGGAAGCAUCUUCAUGAACUGUUGGGCACGUGUGAAAAGAAAAAAGACAACUGCAAGGUUGUUUUUACAAUUUAGCAAAUUUUAUGGGGAUGCCAGUAAUUUAUACUUGAUCAGUUGUAGUCUAGCAAAGGACCUCUUUGGGGGCUGUAGGAAAGCAUGUUUUUGUCAGUAUAAAAACACUUUUAAAAAUCCUGAAAAUUACGGGCUUGUAUAAUGCUUGUUAAUCUUGCUCUCUUAAUCAGACUAUUGUUAUUUGGAAAUGCAAAUAGAUUUUCAAAAUAGAGGUAGCUUUGGAAGACACUAAUUUUUUUAAAAUGUUCUUUUCGUUGAGAGUGAUAUGAGCAAAGCAAGUGUCCAUUCUUUAUUCUGAAUGUUAUGGUCUGAAUACGAAGUGUAUGAGACUCACAUGAAAAUAAUAUAGCCCUUUUGUAGGUAAUCUUAUUCCUUUGGGUUUUUUCCCCAUGCACAUCUACCUCUUCCACCGUUUUAAAUUCUCGCAAGUCUGUGCCUAUGAAAUGUCAUUGGACUUUUGAUUCAUCAUGGGUUGCCCAUCCACUUGAUGGAUUAGUUGGCCUUUUGCUGCCAUGGUUCGACUAAUGCACAGUCUCGUCUGCAUCAAAUGCAUUACAUAUUAGCAGCUUUUGAGAAAGGGUUCAACAGGGAGAGGAGACUGAAGUAAUGGAAAGUAAUUUAGAGGUGGUUGAUGUCUUUGGAGUUCAUUGACCUCUCUGGUUCUUCCUGUUACAAUGGAUCAGGGUCAGCUUCUACUUCAGUGUCCCCUCCGUGAGCAAACCCCUUCUUGGAAGGAGACAGACCAACCAGCCACACCCACUCUUACGGUGCAUCUAAACUGUGAUUCCAUUUUUCUCACAAUUCUUCAGGGAACAUAUCUGUGUUUCUUGUAUUUAGUUUUAGGAUAUUAUUUCUCAAGCAAACCCUGUUAACUGUGGUUCACCCUUACAAACGUUUGUCUGAAGACUCCUACCAACUCACUAAUGAAGGUGGAGAUAAGUGUAUCAUUUGUUUCCUGGGAGUUUGGUCAAGUGCAGGCUGCCCUUUCCUGAGCAAAAUCUGGAGCAGAUUAAAUAGGUUAAGUGGCUUGCUUAAGUCUUGAGCUCCCGGUGGGGAGGAGAAGAUGACAGGUUAACCCCUUGAGCCAUCUCUCUUCGAGAUCAAGAGGCUGUACAUAUGUGAAGAGGUACAAAUUAGGGACCUGUGUUCAUAGACAAUCUGCACUGUCCGAAAUUUGUGCACAUUUCCUUUCACUAUAAUGUUAUUUUACAGCUGUUAAAAUAGUGAAUAAUUUAAUGACCCUGAAAGUAACAGGUUUUGUGUGUGUGUGCUUGUGUAUGUGAGAUUCGCCUUGUUUUCAGGUUGUUUUAUUUAAUGAUGGUUCCCUGGACAGCAUUCUGGUGUUCAAGCAAACCAAUAUGGAAUAUUUGUCAUUAAAUCCUUAUCCAUCUUUUACCAUGUCAUUUCUUAUUUAUUUGUCACCUGUUAAAUGUCAGUUCAGUCUAUUGAAGCUGUGUUCACAAAAGCAAAUAUAUAUUCAAAAUACAGAUAGUGUGUCCUGGCUGGUGUGGCUCAGUAGAUUGAGUGCCAGCCUGAGAACCAAAGGGUCAUUGGUUUGAUUCCCAGUCGGGGCACAUGCCUAGGCUGUAGGCCAGGUGCCCAGUAGGGGGUGCGCAAGAAGCAGCCACACAUCGAUAUUUCUUUCUCUCUCUC